UUUGCACAACUCCCUGAUGGUGUGACGAGAAUAAGUCCACCAACCUUCCACGUUGCAAACGAACGCUGUACGACACCCAUCGGUUGCGUGCGACAUGGUGAUAGGCACGAAUGGGCGCGGCGUAGCGGCAUCGAUCCCCCGCUAGCGCCCAUGGCGUAUCAAAUUUCUGGACAGGCGCGCCUCUCCGCCGCUCAUGGAACCGAACACGCCUCAACACCAGCUGGCCAAGCAGAUCGCUGCCGGCAAUAGCAGCCCGGGUCUCAGCUCUCCCUGGUCGCAAAUCACCGACAAUCCCUUCUUCACCGCCGGCUUCGGUCUCGCAGCGCUUGGGGUUGCGGCGCGGACGGGCCAGAAGGGACUCCAACAUGGCGCCGCGUUUGUGCGCCGCCGCAUGCUCGUCGAUCUGGAAAUAACUCGCCAUGACGACGCCUAUCCCUGGGUCCUCCAAUGGAUGACCAACUACCACCGCGCACAGCAAGCCGGCACCAGGCCACUCGUGCGCAACGGCGUCCUCUCCAAGGUGCUCAAUCGCAUCGACCCGCGCAUGCACCACCUCCAAGUGCAGACGUACACGCCGCAGGAUGGGCCCUCGCACGCGGCCCACUUCUCCUUCGUACCGGGGCCGGGCAAGCACUUCUUGCGCUACAAGAAUGCUUUCAUCCUCGUCGACCGGCAGCGAGAGCGCAACAGCCUGAACGUCAAGGAUGGCGUACCCUUUGAGACGAUCAAUCUCACGACCCUCUACUCGCACCGCGACAUCUUCGAAGACAUCUUCGCCGAGGCACACCAGAUAUACCAGCAGUCGCAGGAGGGCAAGACUGUCAUAUACAACUCCAUGGGCACCAUGUGGCAGCCUUUUGGAGACGCCAAGCGAAAGCGACCCCUCGAUUCGGUGGUCCUGGAGCGCGGUGUCAAGGAGCGCAUUGUAGAGGACAUGGAGGCUUUCAUUGCAUCACGCAAGUGGUACCUAGAUCGCGGCAUACCAUACAGGCGAGGCUACUUGCUGUAUGGGCCGCCGGGCACAGGGAAGAGCUCCUUCAUCCAGGCUGUUGCAGGUCAUCUCGACUUCAAUAUUGCCAUUUUGAAUGUCAGCGAGCGUGGUCUCACAGACGAUAGGCUGAACCAUUUGCUGACCAAGGUCCCGCGACGUACUGUAGUGCUGCUGGAAGAUGUUGACGUCGCAUUCAUGAACCGUAAGACGCCUGGUGCAGACGGAUUUGCUAGCGCCUCGGUCACCUUCUCCGGGCUGCUCAACGCUCUCGAUGGUGUUGCCAGUGCUGAGGAGCGGAUCAUUUUCCUGACUACCAACCACGUCGAGAGACUAGACGAAGCGCUCAUCCGACCUGGGCGCGUGGACAUGACGGUAAGACUCGGUGAAGCAACAGAGUAUCAGAUCGAGCAGCUCUGGGACCGAUUCUAUGCAGAGUUCGAUGCAGGCGGGGAAGCGAAGCAGAGAUUUAUGGCUAGAGUUAGAGAGUUGGGCCUCAUCGACUCGGUGAGCACUGCAGCGCUACAGGGGUUGUUCCUCUACAACAAGGACGACACCGAGGGCGCUAUUACUAUGGUUGAGGGCCUCACCGCUGGUCGCAAAGCCGAAAACCACGUGGGGAUACCCGGUCACGUUGACGUGAACGAGGUGACGUCACGUUGAGCGUUUGGAUAUUGUAGAAAUAUGUAAAACUCCGAAUGCAAGCGCUGCGGCGUCCGCUCGGACGUGCAGCUGUCAAUCAGUCUUGGUCUGUAAGGGUGCCGGGAUUUUGAAGCAUGCAGGUGUGUGAUGGUAUGCAG